AUGCUCGAUGGCCCCAAGUUUCAUUGCGAACACUGCAAGGCGCAGACACAAUUCUUGCUAAGCCACCAUUGCGAAAUCGAUCUGCACAUUCUCGAUGUGAUCGCUCUGUGGCUGACCACUGGGCAGCCUGGAGAUGACAUCACCAUUGCAUUCGACAAGAAUGUCACUGUAACUCUCGUGUUGGUGAAGAAUUGUUGUCCCACCCACAAGGACAACGACACAUUGAGGGAACUCGUCGAUGCCGUGGCAGGAGCUAGCAGUGUCAUGGAUAUUAUCCUGGUCGUCAUCGCACAUUGCCAUGUCAAGAUGCAGAGGUGCAUCAAUAAACUGCACAAACAAAUCUCUAAACUCAUCAAUGUCUUGAAAGCGAUUGUGGCACAGUCUCAGGAUAAGGAGAUUGAGGAGGGUUUCCUCGCAGAUGGGCUGAUAAGCCAGGAAUCUCCAUUUCAGAUAUGGCAUCUCAGCGAGGAGGACCGUGACAUCAUCGCAGAGAUUUAUCAGGGAAGCAUGAUCCAACUGGGCCCCGAGGUAGACCCUUUAGUAUCACAGAAGUUCGUGACUCUCGCUGAGAAAUUGAGCCAACUAUUGCACUCCACUGUUGAUACACACUGA